AUGGAGAUCUCAAAUGAAACAUCUUCCAACCAGUUCUUUCUCCUCAGUCUUGCUGAUACCCCAUUCCUUAAGGCCUUGAGCGUCCUAAUAUUUCUCAUCAUGUAUAUACUGGCAUUGUCAGUAAACGCUCUACUUAUUAUCGCGGUGAGAAUCAAUUUGCGGCUUCACACCCCGAUGUAUUUCUUCUUAAGCAACCUGUCCAUCAUUGACAUUGGCCUAAGUUCCUCAAUAGUCCCUAAACUUAUCAUAAUUACAAUAACUCAGGAUACAAGUAUUUCACGCCAUGAUUGUGCUUCUCAGAUGUUUUUCCAUUCAGCCCUUAUUGCGUCAGAGUGUAUAAUUCUUGCUAUUAUGGCCUAUGACAGGUAUAUAGCCAUCUGUAAGCCUCUGCACUAUAAUACAAUAACAAAUAAGAAGUUCUGCAUUUCCAUGGCUGCUGUCUGCUGGGCUUUGGGUUGUAUCAAUUCUAGUUUUCAUGUACCAUACACCUUACAGCUGCCAUUUUGUAGGUCCCAUGUCAACCAUUUUUUCUGUGAGAUACCUGUCAUUUUACAUCUGUCUUGCCAAGAUACUUGGCUUCACGAGGUAUCAAUGUACAUCUCGGCUUGUACUCUUGGCCUUAGUGCCUUUAUAUUGACUCUUUUUUCAUAUGCUUAUAUAAUCUCCACUAUUCUAAAUAUCCGUUCCAUUAAAGGAAGACAUAAAGCUUUCUCUACAUGUGCCUCCCAUCUCACAGUGGUCUCUCUGUACUAUGGGCCUGUUAUGUUCAUGUAUUUGCGCCCUCACUCCAGAUACUCUCUUAGCACAGAGAAGACUGCAUCUGUUAUUUACACUGUUGUGACUCCAAUGCUUAAUCCCCUCAUCUAUAGCAUAAGGAAUAAAGAUAUUAAAUCUACCAUACAAGGAGCACUGAAGAAGAAAUAA